GUAGAUCAUCAUCUUCAUCCAGUGGAGGACAAAGACACAGAAAUGGGUCACAUGAGCGACUGAUCCACGCACACAACGCACACAGAUCUAAUGGGGAUCAAAGUUCUGCCUGCUGGAGAUACUGAAGAGUUUUUGUACUGUGAACCCAAAUUAAUAGAGCUAAACGAAUGGAGACCUGCCUUAGGGUUAGGUUACAACACAUCACAACACAUCGGUCUGUAGGAUCCUCUCGUCCUGGCUGUAUCCUUUAAACUCCAGAGCCAUGUCCAGCAUUCCAGGUCAGUCAAGAUUCAUGUGGAUGAUCCUGCUGCUCACUUGUGUCCUGCCACACAUCUGCAGCAUGAUGUCAGAGUCUGACAAAGAGACGUGUUAUUCCCAGCAACAUCGAAGUGUCACUGUGAACAUACACUUGGCAGUAACAAAGGGAACUAUCAUGAGUCCCAGAGAGAAGCCAUCAGAGAAAGAUUGCAUUUUGACCUGCUGCUCAGAAGAUGUGAACGCAGGUGUGAAAUGCAACCGGGUUGUUUAUAAGCCACCAGAAGAGUCUAGCAGUGAAAACUGUUACCUGUUCUUCUGUCCAAGUGAGCAGGACUGUCCUCUUAUGACAGCCGAACUUGGAGUCAACACCUACAACAUUUUCAAGGGCGUGACUUAUCCAACAACUAAAGUUAUAGGAAGAGCAGCAGCCAAACCUUCAACUAAUCUUAACCCAAAACUGAACACAACAACAUCAACCACAAAACCACCACCAACAACAAUGAUCAAAACACCAGUUGCAACUACAACAAAACCAACAAUCACAAAACUACCUGUAACAACAACAACAUCUGCUACACCAUCACUUGGCCCCACCACAGAAGCCUCAGAGUCCCCUACAGAAGGGCCAACUGAGCUACUUAAAACUGCAUCUAUGACUGGCGCUACAGUUGCUACGACGACAACAACUACUACCACACAGUCCACAACUACAACCACUACACAGCCUACUAUGAAAAAAGAAAACAAAAGCACCACAACUAAAGCGUGUCCACCUGCACGGCCCGCUGCCAAACCCAGCAGACCCAGAAAACCCAGCACAUCUUUGAGGGGACCAGAAACCCAUUCAGUAAAACCUACCAAAGCCAAAACAGCCACGACCCACCCGAUCACCAGCACUGCACCAUCAACUACAGCUCCAACCACAACAUCUAUGGCAGCACCUCAGACCAGCGCAGGAACUACUGUAGAAAUCGAUUCAAAGGAGCGAGCUCUCAAACUGGACCCUCUGUUGCCUCCUGUGCUGGGAUCUGCUCCAGUAAAGGCCAGGUUCUCACGGACAAUAUGGAAAAACAGCCUGGUGGCCGUUGUGGUGAUCACAUUAAUCUUUCUCCUUCUCAUUUUGGCUUUGGUGGCUCGUAAAGCUAUGGAGUCCUUCGACCGACGUCACUACACGAGACUGGAACUCAAUGACCUUCAUUACGAAGUUUAACUCAUAGUGAUGACGAUUGGACAAAGAAACAAUUCAGUCCAAAAUUAAAAAUGGGGGAACUUACUUUUCUAUCUAUUUUUAGUAUUUGAUUCUCACAAUCAGACAUUGUAAAUGUUUCUCUGUGACGCUGAAUAAAAAUAAAUAAAUAAACUGACACAAAAAUAAGAAGCAAUACACUAAACUCAGGAAUCCUUAAAGUGUGAAACUUAGGGGUGAAAUCUUGAACAGCAUCAUUACUGUAAGCCUCAUAUUUUGUUUCUGUGACCUUCUUUCAUGAUGCUUAACCAGAAACAUUUUGUCAGUACAAGGAUCUUAUAAUGGUUUAAGUGGGAAAAAGGACAUUCGGAUAUAAACAUCAUUAUAAUUAUCUUGUGUUGAAAUUAUCCUUUGUAACUGUGGGUUCACACCAGCCGCAGAAGAGGCGGCAAAAACGCGCUAUUCGCGCGUAGUUGGACGCUUGAACAUUUGAGUUCACUCGCUUCAUUCUCGCGUGAAAGCCGCGGGUGAAAUUCUAGUCAUUUGAGAAAUUCACGCGGAAAUCCGCGUCAUGGGAGGGGCUUCUGCGACUCCACGGAGACUACACCACUCCACUAGCUUCAUGUAAUCACGUCACUACUGCAGCAAGCUCCUGAUUGGUUAACGCGGCUCAGAUUUUUCUCAAAGUUCAGAUUUUUGAACUCGCGCGUUUCCCGCGGCAACGCUCAAUUCGCGCGGAACGCCCCGCGGCUUCCGCGGCAUCCGCGCCGCGGCUACCGCGUGUACCGCGCCGCAGGAUGCCUAAUCGUGUGUUUACAUUGACUUAACAUGUAAAUCAUCUGCGCUUGCCGCCUCUUCCGCGGCUGGUGUGAAUGCACAGUUAACAUGUAAAUCAUCCGCGCUUGCCGCCUCUUCCGCGGCUGGUGUGAAUGCACAGUAAGCGUCUCUCUCUGAUUCUCAGAAGUUCAGCACUAAAAUAUGAAGUGUUUUGUUUUCACACAGGCUAUAAUUCAAUGUGUAUCACUGCUGAUGUGGGUGUUUAUUUUACUGUGCUUUCUUCUUGCACAAUGUCAAAUGCAUUUUACUGGACAGUUAUAUUUCAAUUGACAAAAUUAUCAUGAGCUUUUUAAACUUUCAAUACUUGUAACUGUAUGAGUGGUGCAACAUUUGUAAUUUAGGCAGAAAUUUUCAAGGUUUUUGUCCUCUAAUGUAUGUGUUUUAUAGUGGAGGCGGUCUGAUAUCGAUCAAUCACUGAUCAAACGCAUGAACGAUCUUUAUCUUUUAUGCUGCUUCCCUUUUUUUUAAACAUGUUAUUGUAUAUGUUAUAAGUUUUUGGUGAGUGUUGGCUUUUACAGACAAUUUGACAUUGAUGUUAUUAUUUCUCUUGUAAGAAAUAAAAGAAAGUAUUUUAAAUGUAAUGAUUUGUCACAUCUCCGAUUAAAAUAUGUAUUACUUUUAAAUACCAAAAGUUGUAUUUUGAUGAGAUAUUGCUAAAUCAACAGCAACAACUCAAAACGAUAAAUAAUUAAAAAAAAUG